UCUUUCUAGAGAAAACCCAACCCAACCGCAGAUGGUGGUUGAAGAAGAACAAAAGUUCCUCCAGAAGCUACGAGACUACGAGAAAACCGCCAAACCAAAGUACCGAACCGGGAUCAAUGUGGAUGGAAUGCACACCCUCGCCAAGGUGUGGGAAGUCCUAGAUCAAGCGGUCGACAAUUAUGAGAAAGGAGACAAAGCUGGGGUUUGGAGUCGAGUCCGGCGAGCCUUUCGCGGGCUAGGGAACAAUGGGGAGGCAAUCCAGCAGUGGCUCGGACUGGUGCCCUCUGGGUCCAACUAUAUGUCCACUGUCUGUGGAGGCAUCAAGAUCAUCAUUGGAGCUGCCGAGAGAAUGAAGGACG